AGAGAGAGAGAGAGAGAGAGAGAGAGAGAGAGAGAGAGAGAGAGGAGCAAAUUAGGAAGCAACGAAGAGCUAAGAGCAAGCUUAGGGACAUGCCUCCUAGAGUGGAGACGCCAAGCUGCAGCGCACCUCCCAGGAGCAGUGAACCUGAACGUGACGACGAGUUGUCCCGUAGAUUUUGUCCGCCAGUUCAUUAUGUAGUGGAGAUAAAUUCAGUUACCGAAUUAUUAAAAUUAAAUACGUAUGAAUCCGGUGUCUUUGAAGCUGGGGGCUACGAAUGGAGCUUAUGCCUUUACCCUGAGGGACACAAGGACCGUGAGGGGAAGGUAUAUAUGUCCAUGUAUCUGUCAAUCGAGGAGCCAAAUAAGCUUGGAAACAGUGGGCAAGUUGUAGUUGACUACAAGUUUUUUGUGUUUGACAACAUUCGCGGGGAGUACGUCACCUUCAAAGAGAAAGGCAAGGAGUUGAGGGCAUUCAGUAAAGCGAAGCCCCAAUGGGGGCUUUCUAAGUUUCUUUCCUUGGCAAGUUUCAACAAUAAGCCAUAUGGAUUCCGUCGGGGUGAGUAUUGUAAAUUUGGGGCUGAGGUUUUGGUCAGCAAGCGUGAGAGGAAGAAGGAGACUCUCACCAUCAUCAGGGACCCGCCACACUACAUAACCACUAGGAAGAUCCGGCAGUUCUCCACAUCGAACAAGAACCCUCAGUAUUCCGACCCCUUCACCCUCGGAACGAGGAGGACUUGGAAGUUAAAGGUGUUUCCCCAACGCCAUGGGGACCGGGAGGGGAAUUCGCUGUCCGUUUACUUACAAGCGCACAACCUUCCUCCGAGGAUCAAAAUGUACGUAAAAGCCAAAUUGCGUGUGUUGAACAACAACGACCAUAAGAACGAUAAGGAAAAAAUAGUUAGUGGUUGGCUAUCUGCCAACAAUUACAACUGCGGUCACCCAGACUUUAUGUCGUGGGGGGAUCUCUGCAAACCGAAUGGAGGGUUCGUUCGCAAGAAAGAACUGGAAAUUACAGUCCAAAUCCUCGUCAUAUCAGAUGUCGCGAGGAUUGAUGAACGGGUUUGAUGACUUACGUCAAUUUUUAUUGAGUCAGAAUUAACUCCUCGAGAACGAUGUGCGUGGACCAAAUUGGCGUUGACAUUGGUUCCCCCAAAGUCCAGAUUUGCAUAUGGAAGAUGCCUAGUAUGUCCACAAUCUUGUGGAAUCGUAAUUUCUUUGGAGCUUGCUUAGUAUGUUCUGUGUUUCCGUACUGUGUAUAAUCGAAGCUAUGCUUAUAAUAAAAUCCUCGUGAGCCAAUUUAUA